AUGGCUUCAUACCCCGACUUCGUCGCGAUCGCGACGCCCAAGCCAAAUGAAGCGCUCCAUAACAACUCGGAUGUCGACGAGACCGCCCCGACGACUUGGAAAAACAAGGUCGCGCUCGCGGCGCAUUGGGCCGUGGGCGCUAUCAUGGUCUACGCCUUCUUCGCCCUCACCGUGAUGUACACGUCUAUGACGGGUCCGAUCACGACGUCGUUCUUCAACCCGCUCUGGGGAAUCGACCCCAACGUCAAGGGCUCGGGCCACGCCGAAAUGAUGAGCUAUACGUACCACUUUUUCGCGAUCAUUCUUCCGGUAUUUGCGGCCUUUCUGCUCGUGCGUUUGGUCACCAAGGGCGCAACAUUUCCGAUUCCAUUGUUCUCGCACAUGCUCCAGCGCAAGCCACGCAUCUUUCGAUCGCUCGUGAGCUACGGCGAGGCUUUCUUUUUGCUGCUCGUCACCGGCGGCAACAUCAUCUUCUUUGCGUACACGUACAUGCUGCGCGUCAAGCCCACGAGUACGACCCAAGACAAGAUCGGUAUCGCUGGCACGGCGCUGGGCUACUCGGCGUUGUACAAUAUGGUGUUCCUCGCGCUGCCCGCGUCGCGCCACUGCUUUUGGAUGGAGUGGCUUGGCAUUCCAUUCCCGCACGGUGUCAAGUACCACCGCUGGCUCGGAAUCGCGACCAUGCUUUGCACAGCACUGCACACGGUGCUCUUUAUUCAAGUGUAUGCGGCCAAGCACCGCCUCCAGAGUCUCGUGCCGUGUUUCGAUUGCAACCUUGCGACCACCGGCAUGCGGAAUUGGAUGGCGACGUUCGCGUGGCUGUCGUUCUUUUGUAUGCUUGUCAUGGCCGUGACGUCGACGCCAUAUGUGCGCCGCCACUACUACAAGACCUUUUACGCAUCGCACUUUCUCUUCAUUCCCAUGACAGCCUUCGCAGUCAUGCACUGGGGCGGUAUGAUCAUCUGGCUCUUCACCUCGAUCGUGCUCUACAUUGGCAACCGCAUGAUGUCGUCGGCCACGGUAUCCGCGCCCGUCAUCGUGCAACAUGCUAUCGCGUAUCGUCAUCGCGUGACCGAGUUUGUCUUUGCGUGCGCGACCUCGUACGCGGCGGGCGACAUCGUUUACCUCAAGGUGCCGUCCAUCUCGUCGACGCAGUGGCACCCCUUUAGCGUCGCGUCGUCGCCACUGCACACACCCGGCUCGCUCGCCGUGUACAUCAAGGCGCGCGGCGAUUGGACCAACCAGCUGCACGCAUAUGUACACCAGUGCAGCGUCGCGGGUGUUGCGCCGGUGGUGUUUAUGGACGGCGGGUAUGUCCCGGCAGCGCCGGUGCCGUCGUCGUUCGACAAGGUCGUGUUCGUCGCCGGCGGGAUUGGCGCGACGCCGCUCCUCGGUCGGGCGCUCCACGUUCUGCAUGCAUACGCGUGGCAGGACGUUCAUUUUAUCUGGCAUGUGCGCGAUGUGAACUUGCUGGUGCAGUUCCAGCAGUGGUUUCACGACGCUUCGAGUCUCUCGUCGCGCCUCCACCUCCAUCUCUACGUCACGACGGCAUCGUUGAGCGACGCCUUCACCGAUACCGAGCGCGUCUUCAACCUCAAGACGUGUACCGUGCCCCCGCGACCGUUUGCCAACGUGUCGACGCUGCGCCAGGUGCUCUUGUUUGUCGGCGCCUUUGUCGGCGCCGGUACGCUCCUCGUUGCAGUCCAUUACGGCAACAAGAUCUCGACCAUUCAUCCAGCAUAUUGGCCGCUGCAGCGCUUCAUGGAGUUUGCGGCGAUCAUUGUUGGCGCCUACUGGGCUUACUUUGUGGUCUUGAUCAAGCCGUACUCGCCUGUACCGAGCGCGGGGUCGGUGGUCGACGACAUACCCAAGGAACCUACGAUGACGACCGAGGCAUUCAUUGAGCGCUAUCAUGUGCAGCGAGGUCGCAUGGACUGGUCCAUCUUCUUCGCGGGUCUUGGAGACAGCAAGACAGCAAGCUGGACGACGCCGACGAUCGGUGUCUACGUCUCGGGCCCCAAGACGCUCUCGCGUGCGAUCGAUGCGCAAGCGCACUCGACGCGUUUUGCCGUGCACCACGAAGAAUUUGAAAUGUAA